AUGGCUUCUCUCGUUAUCCUUUCGUCUUCCCUCCUCUGCCUCUUCUUCAUCACCCCUCUCGCCGCCGGCAGCGGCGGCGGUACUUGGUCUCUCCUCCAACCAUCCAUCGGCAUCUCCGCCAUGCACAUGCAACUCCUCCCCACCGACCGUGUCAUCAUAUACGACCGCACUGACUUUGGUGCUUCCAACAUCUUCCUUCCCAACGGAACAUGUCGAAAGGAUCCAAAAGACAUUGUUUUGAAGAACGACUGUACUGCUCAUUCUGUUGAAUACGACGUCGCUUCCAAUUCUAUUCGACCGCUUAUGGUCCUUACUGACGUUUGGUGUUCCUCCGGUGGAUUAACGCCGGAUGGCAGCCUGGUUCAGACCGGCGGGUUUAAUGAUGGUGAUCAUGUUGUUAGAGUUUUUAAUAACUCAUGUGGUAAAUGUGAUUGGGUAGAGAUACCAUUUGGGUUGGCUCAACGGAGGUGGUAUGCUACUAAUCAUGUAUUGCCGGACGGUCGGCAGAUUAUUAUCGGUGGUCGCCGGCAGUUUAACUAUGAGUUCUACCCCAAGGCGUCGCCGUCGGAGAAAUCUUACAGUUUGCCGUUUUUAUUACAGACAUCUGAUCCAAAAAUCGAGAAUAAUUUAUACCCUUUUGUGUUUCUGAACGUCGAUGGCAAUUUAUUUGUUUAUGCAAAUAAUCGUGCUAUUUUAUUCGAUUAUAAACUGAACAAAGUUCUGAAAAUGUACCCUGGAAUUCCCGGCGGCGAACCCAGGAAUUAUCCAAGCACCGGCUCCGCCGUACUGCUGCCGUUGCGUGUAGUACAAGGGACGGUGGCGGUGGUGGAGGUUUUGGUUUGUGGGGGUGCACCUAAGGGAUCAUUUCUGAAUGCUCAAAAUGGGAGAUUUGAUGGAGCUUUGAAUACUUGUGGUCGGAUUAAAAUAUCCGACCCGGUGCCAAACUGGGUCAUGGAAACUAUGCCAAUGGGUCGGGUCAUGGGUGAUAUGUUAUUGCUACCAAAUGGUGACGUUUUGAUUAUUAAUGGUGGAUUGAACGGGACAGCAGGGUGGGAGUUUGGAAGAAACCCGGUUUUUAACCCGGUAAUUUACCGACCCGAUAAUCCGCUUACGUCUCGUUUUGAGAUACAAAAUCCCACCACAGUGCCUAGAAUGUAUCAUUCGACUGCUGUUUUACUCCGAGAUGGUAGAAUUUUGGUCGGUGGAAGUAACCCUCACCAAUACUAUAAUUUCACAAACGUACUUUUCCCGACUGAUUUGAGCUUGGAGUCGUUUUCACCAUCAUAUUUGGAUGCAAACUCAUCCGGGCUUCGACCCACGAUAAUUUCGCCCGCAACCCAAACAAAUAUCCAAUACAACCAACAAAUCGUGAUCCGGUUCACAGUUCCCAACACGGUGAAUCUAAACCGAAUAUCAGUAACAUUGGUGGCACCUUCGUUUAACACGCACUCGUUUUCAAUGAACCAGAGGCUGGUGGUUCUGGAUGGUGGCACCACCACCAAGGUCAUCGGAGAAUCUACGACAUACCAAGUUAAGACGAUGGCACCGUCGUCGAACAACAUUGCGCCGGCAGGAUAUUAUAUGCUAUUUGUGGUACAUCAAGAAGUCCCAAGUGAAGGCAUUUGGAUUAAGAUUCAUUAAGACACCAUGGGAGAUAGAUACAAUAC